AUGCCACGGAAGUCACCACCCUAUAAAUCCGGUCUGCCCUACUUCAAACGCGACUGCGAAGCCUACUUCCCCACUAAUGCCUCGACGGUCACAUGGAGCCGCGCCGAGCAAAACAACACGGUCAACACGUUAUGGUAUGAUAACCCAUUCAAUGCGAGCGACGUCACGUUCGCGCGCGCGAACAAGAGCAUGCCGCCGUAUCGUGAUGGGUUGGGAGGAACGGAGCCGGCGUGGGUGAAUGCUCCAGCGGGAUUUGGCGCGCUUGCGAUGACUGUGCCACCACCCGUUGCGGUCGUUCUUGGCCCUGUUGUAGCGCCUGCUCAUGCCGUUACAGUAUCGCAACCACGGCCAGUGAACCGAUAUCCCUUCGACUUCUGGCCACCUAAGCCGUGGGAUGCGGAGCCAGAUGAUGCGACCUUGGGCAUGACCAUAAAAGCCAUCAAGUCUAAAGAAGAGCCCGAGAACGGUGAAAAGUGGAUGGAUGAUACCCAUGAUCCAUAUGGCGACGGAAGAAGGUGGAUAGGCGGGAAGUUUCUAGGUGCAGGCACUUUUGGAUGUGCAGCGGAGUCGGCUUGGCCACCAAUCACGCAUCUUGAUAUCUCGUUGAGCAACAUCUUCCUGGAGCCAGCGGCUGACGAUGCUUAUCCAAACUGUGUCUUGAGCGACUUUGGUAUGGCAAUGUAUGAUCUGGAGCAGAGUGAUCCCGCAGUGAGACCCUCAGACAACCCUCAGGAGUACGUGCUCGGCCACACCAGUUUCAAGUACCCUCCCGAGCAACAACUUGCACGAGGCACUCCGCCUGACUUGACACCUUUGAAUGAGAAGACAGAUGUUUGGAGUAUCGGAGCCGCAGUCUGGUAUAUGAUUGCGAAUCGAUCGGUCGCUGGUCCGCAGCGCGAACUGCAUUACUCGGAGGACAUGCCGCAAAACGUGAACAUUGGCGAAGCGGAUCAUGGGCGACUAGACGAGCCCGGGGCGAAACCGUUUGAAGGUUUGGGUUUUCCGGCACUGAGUAAAUACUCGGAAGAGCUGAGGUCGUUGAUUGCGCGCUGCAUGAACUGGGAGCAAGAGCAUCGGCCAGAUCUAGCAACAUUGAGGGCCAAGAUCAAUGCGUAUCUGGCAAGCCACCCGAAAGUAAGGGAUAGCAGGGACUUUGGGCCGCUGAGAAUGUCGAACCUCGAACGAGGGCUGGGAAUUGGAGAUACAUUUGCAAGGAAGAGGAGGAAACCGAUCGCAGGAAAGCAACCCCGUAAAAAGCAAAAGGGAGACGAAGAGGACAGUGAAGAGUAG